UACUUCAUUUAAUUUGUUCAGAGAUACAAACUGACCGCAAUUACUUAGGCGGGCGGAGUCAGGCUACGUUUCGCAUCAGAUUUGUUUCGACCAAUCAGGUCGCCGGGGACGGGGAUUUUCUGGCUUCGCCCGCCUCAACUUGAUUUUCCCUUCAGGUAGGAGGACCACGCUAGCACUUCAACAAAAAGUCUUAUUCUGAAAGCUGAACACACCUGCGCAUAACAUAGUACCUACGACUGCUGGAUCCAAAAUUGAGGUAGACCGAAUACGCAACAUAUGGUCCUGCAAAUGAAUGUUCCAUUAUCUCAGUCUCUUCCUGAGCUUCAAGAAUGGCACACAACGCCAUUGUACGCAACAAGACAAUCAUUCAAGAUAUUCUAUCCGCAGAUGCCCAAUUCAUACUUAACAAAGUGAGAGAGAAAACGCUGAUAACCGAUCGCGAAUACAAAAAACUAAAAACCAUCAAUAAGGGGGACGCAGAAGAUCUCGUAAUCCAACUCGUGGACACACUCAACAACAAAGGAAGACAAUCAGAGUUCAUUGAGGUUCUACAGGACGAGAUCGUUCUCGAAACGUAUCCUAAGCUUAAAGACGUGGAAUGGGGAGUCAGUGGGUCUACCGCCGUCUCAUCGAGCAGUUUGAAACGCUCCUCUGGGAGGAGUUUAAAUGAAGAUGCUCCAGAGAGCCACAAAAGCCAAAAGACGGAAAACAAAUAUCCGAUAACCAGCAAACCCACCGGUCUCUGUGUGAUCAUUAACAACGAGAACUUCCAUGACAAAACUAAGAGAAGUGGAACAGAGAAGGACGCUGAAAGCCUGGCCGACGUGUUCAGCUGGCUUGGCUUCAAGGUGCUGAUGUGUAAGGACCAAACGGCGAGCGACAUGGCCCAGGUCACGAAGCUGCUGGCGGACCCGGAGGACCUGGCGGCGCUGAAGAAGUGCAAGCUGGAGGAGUGGUCCGACGGCGGGUUCACCUCACUGAGGGGGCUCCCGCAGCACGGCGACGCCUUUGUCUGCUGCGUCCUGAGUCACGGCAAAGAGAACGCCAUCUCGGGCGUCGACUUUAAGCAGCUGGCCAUCAGCGACAUCACCUCGGCUUUCAACGGAAAACACUGCCCGGCUCUGCUUGGGAAGCCCAAGGUGUUCUUCAUCCAGGCCUGCCAGGGGCAUAAUCUCCAGCCAGGAUUGGCUGUGGAUGACUACAUUUAUCCGAUGCCGAUAAAGGAAGACUCACCCAAUCACCCGAUGGAGGCUGAUUUCCUGGUUUCCAAGGCCACGGUUGGAAAGUACCAAGCACUUAGAGACCGUAUAACCGGCAGCAUUUUCAUCCAGUCUCUGUGUGAGCAGCUUCGCAAGGGAUGCAACAGUGGUGAAGAUAUCUUGGAGAUUCUUGUCCACGUAAACGCUGACAUAAGCAAGAAAGAUUUUGGUAAAACAAAUGAUCCGGAGAAGGUAUGGAAGCAGAUGCCUGAAUUUGGAAAUGUGACCCUGACCAGCAAGCUUGUGUUCUCGCCGUGUUCCAGCUGAGAAAACAAAACAAGGCUGGCACAUAGACCACAACACACAUUUCUAACAGUUUCCUUUGUUCUUUCCAUCCUUUAUUCAAUCACAAAAUACAUUACACACACACAACAUGUGUUUUUAAGUUUUUCCUUUUAGGAGGAAGUUUUUUUUAAAGUACACAAUUUACUUUUUAUACUCUUUUAUAAGCCUUACUUUCCUUGGUUUUUACGGUGUGAACUGUUCGUUGAUAGUAAUUUUCGUAUAUAAGAAACGUAAAACAAUAAAAAUUGCUAUAUAACUAAAAACACGCAAAUGGUUUUGUUUUACUGCGCAUAGAAAUCAUAGUUUUGCAGCGUUGUUUUAUCCUUCAGAGUGUUGUGCCCAGCCUGUUUAAGAGCACAACCAAGAAGGGGACAGUUAAAUGUCAGUUACAUUUAUCUAAUAACUAAAAGUUCUACAACUGUAAAACAAUAAAUCAGUAGUGUAGAGUGAGUGAUAUGAAACAUUUUAAGCUAACUAACAGUUUUCAACAAAGGCUUAAGGAAGAGAACUUAAACCCCAAACAAAACCCAGUUGGGUGCCAGGCAGGCACCAGCCUUUUAGGUGGAAGAGAGCGGCCAUGUUGGACUCCUCCCAUCUUAUGAAGGCUUCGGUAGGUGAGUUCAGUCCCUCAAUGAGGUGGGAGGGGCCAGGCAAUCAGCCUCCCUGGAAGGAGAACAGGGGCCAGCCGAAACAGGGAAGCAAGACCGCUCAGGGCCGUUAGAACUGGUUUAGAUAUUUGGAGCGUGUUGUAAUAAAACCAGAUCUAGCGGUUGGCCUAUAGACGUUAACGAUAAUAAAAAGUUUGAGGAAGAUAGUCACUCAAGGGAAGUCCAGGUCGGCAUAUAGGCGUCGUCCCAAAUGAAGACGAGGCUGCUGUCGAACCCAUUACUUUCUAUGACUAUAGCUAGCCUAUGCUAUACUACUACUACUAUUUGUAAUAGCCUAUUACUACUACUAAUACUCGGCUACUAUUACGUCUACUAGCCUACUCCUACUGAAAGGGAGGUUUUAGGAAUGUCCAAGUGCUGGCUUGAGACCAUUGGGGGUGUUGGUGAGAACACAGGGUUGUCCAGUCAGAGUUCAUGUUUAUAAGUUUUAUUUUCCAAAGGAGCGAGCAGGACUGUAUGGAUGUGUGUAGGUAUGUGCGUGUAGGUAGGAUGUUAGUGUGUUUAGCUAAGGUAUGAUGGGUAGGUAGUUUGGUAGGAUGUGGACGUAGGUAGUUAGCUAGGAUGUGUGUGUUUGUGGUUGGUAGCUAGGAUGUGCGUGUGGCUAAGGUGUGUGGUUUCUAUAAGCAAACAAAAUGUUCAACAAUCAGCUCCACAAUGCAUUGCUUCAAUUCAGUUAAACAAUAUGUCUUUCAACAAGCCUUAUACGCUUACAAAACGAAAUUCAAUGACCACAAAACAAACUGACAUUUCUCAAUAUAAGCACACAAGGAGUUCAAAGGCCCACAGCUCUCAGGGGGUUCAGUGUCUCUGAACAAAGGAAAGGGGUGU